UUCGUAAAUAGUUUUUUUUUUUUUUGCUAUAAGUAUUAUCUUAAGUUAAACUCACAAAAUUGUAUAAAACCAACAUUGAUUGUAUAUUAGACUUAUAAUGGCCAUAGAUACAGAUUUGAUGAAGUGCAGAAAAUGCGGCGAAAUGCGUGUUAAUCAAGCGAAACAGCAAGCAGCAGAUGAUGGCCGUGCGAUGGAAACGGUAAAGGAGGAGGAGGAGGAACUAGAGAGCAGCAGCAGGACCAGUAGCAGCAAGGGCGAUGCUGUACUGAACUCUGCAACGUGUGCAGCAUGUGAAGCGCUAGACACAAAGGAAGAGUCAAAGCCAUCAAAGGAAUCAGAUACGCCAAUAGUAAUGGCAAUGGCAACGGCAUCGGCAACAGAAACAGCUGCAAUAGAUGCACUAAAAACGGAAUUUAAUAUAGAUUUAACUACUACAGAAGAAAUGCCACCACUCAAUGAACCUAACAAUGCUCCAGAUGGGUCCAAUGAGGCAAUGGAUGUAGAGCCAAAAGUGAAAGAUAAUGAAAACUUAGAGCCAAGUGCAAUAGCCACAUCAACUACACCAACACCAACCGCAGCCCCAGUGCCAGAAUCGAGUGCUAGCGGGAAACAGUCGAUUGAGGAGAAAACUGAAACUAUAGCACCCACAUCUCCUGCAGCUCCACCACCACCUCCUCCACCGCCUCCGCCACCGGCUUCAUCUACAUCGCCGCAAAGUUCGCCAGAGCGAAUUGCUCCACCACCGCCGCCGCCGCCACCGCAACCGCAACUCCAGCAGCGCUCUGGAAAAAUCACACGUAGCAGUCUGAAUGGAUCGACCACAGCAAACCGGGCACCCACCAUUAUGAAACGUUUACGCAAAAGCACCCGUUCCACUCGCUUUAAAUCAAAGCUAACUGGUCGAGCAAAUCUCAGCAAUGAACGCGACCGGUCAUCGAAUGGUCACAAUGGUGCAGAUGGCGCCGGAUCCUACAACUCUGCCAAUCAUAAUCAAGGCUUCCCGCAUUCGAACAGCAAAUCUCAGGGCAAAUCAGCUGGCAAUAAUCUUGGCGGCAGCUCGGGCGGCACAUCUGGCGGUUCAGCAUUUGCCAGAAAUCGUCGUGCUCUGUUCAAGCGUCCUGCACAAAAACAACCCAAAGUCCAGGCCACAACGCGGUUUGUGAAGAGUGUUUUCUACAAGGGCAGCUAUAUGCAAAUUGGCGAUAUUGUCAGCAUUGUCGAUAGCCAACAGAAUGUGUAUUAUGCUCAAAUUCGUGGUCUCUUGGUGGAUGCCUAUUGUGAGAAAUCGGCAUUUCUAACAUGGCUAAUACCGACACAGGACAGCCCCGAUCCCAAAGAGGGUUUUGAUCCAGCUACAUAUUUGAUAGGUCCCGAUGAAGACUUAUCCCGCAAAUUGUGUUAUUUGGAAUUUGUUAUGCAUGCACCAAGCAAUUAUUAUUAUGACCGAAGUACACCAUUUCCUCUGCCUGAUGUUGAUGAAUAUACGUCACAAAGGUCCGGUGGUUAUCUGUGGACACGUUUGCCCAUUAUUAAAAGGGAGAAGAGGGUUAACAACAGCAACAAUUGCUAGCCAAAAGAUUGGGCAAUUGGAUAUGAUUGGCUUAGAAUUAAACAGAAUGAGACAUUAUGAUUAAAAUGUUUCUAUACCUUGUACCCAUAAGGUCACAAAGGGUAUAUUUUAAGUCAUCUAAAUGAAAGAUAAUUACUAACAGAAUUUGAUGGAGUAGUUAAUUCUACAUAUGUCUGUCUGUCCGAUGGAGAGAGAUAAAGACAGAGUGAGAGAUGCAAUUUUUAGUAUAACAAAUUAUAUUAGUUUAAAUUGAAAGCGUGCAAAAUAAUUCUUACGUUCUAAUUGCUUAUUUUUUUGCAGUUAAUUUAAAUUCAAAUUGUGCAAAAUAAUUCUUACGUUCUAAUGCUUAUUAAUUUUGCAAUUUUUUCGCAAAAUAUAAGUAAGUUUACCCUUUCAUUUGUUUUUAGAUUUCUACUAUGGUACAGGGUAUAUCAAAGUCGGCGAACCGACUUAGCAAACAAAAUUUUUUUAUUAUUUUUUAUUUGUAAUUUAUUGGUCAACAUGAAAAUAUAACAAUAUAUGUAAUUGUA